AUGCUCACCGAUUUGGCUACCAUUCUACGAAAGGCUAACCUCAAUGUUGUUGAAGAAUCUGGCUGGAAAACACGUGGUCAUGGUGCGAUGGGUUCAGUAAAAAGUAUUGUUAUUCAUCACACAGCAGGUCCUGCCACAGGUGAAUAUCCAUCUCUACGAGUAGUACGAGACGGUCGUGUUGGUUUGUCCGGUCCGCUUGCUCAACUUGGACUUGGUCGUUCAGGAAAAUGGUACGUUAUUGCAGCUGGAAAGGCCUAUCAUGCUGGUAACACCAAAGAUGAUUCAUUAUACGGAAAUGCAAACGCAAUCGGUAUCGAAGCGGAAGGCAGCGGUGUUCCAGCCGAUAAUACUGGUCAUAAGCACUGGCCAGAAGUGCAAUGGAAGAGUUAUGUGCGGGGUGUUAAAGCUCUUCAAGCAGCUUAUGGCGUGCCAACUUCACGCGUUGUAGGUCAUCGGGAGAUAGCAAAACCUGCCGGUCGCAAGGUUGAUCCUAACUUCUCGAUGACUGAGUUCCGUGCUGCACUUAAUAAGUGA